AUGGCUGUGUUUACUGAUGAUGAUGAUGAUGAUGACCAGCGCUCAGGAGAUAAUGCUGCAAAUGUAUUUGAAUAUUUUAAAUGUAUUAUUCUGAUCAUGCAUAGCAAGCAUUAUAUUUUACAGCAAGAGUCCCCAAUCUCAAGAAUUCGGCGACGCACAACAUCGCGGUCACAAGUCGUUCCAACUCCAGUGGUUAUCCAUUCCACGAUAAAUUCGACGUGGGGAGAUGGAACCAAUUUCCACCCUAGACCAACGCAGUUUGUGCCCCCACUAGGGAGGUUUCAUCGAUCAUUCAAUGCUGACUCAGAUUCUACACCAUUUCAACUGCUUCGAAUGUGUAUCGACGACGACAUGGUGGAUACAAUUUGUCUCGAAUCGAACGAUUAUACGCCCGUCAUCAAAGCCAAAUUCCCAAAAGCAUUGAAGAGGUGGACACCACUAAGCCGUCAGGAGUUUUGGAAAUUCAUGGGUCUAUCAACACUGAUGGGAAUUGUGAAAAAAGGAGAUGUGAAGGAUUAUUGGAGCACGGAUGAACUAAUAUCAACCCCAAUUUUUGGUAAAACCAUGAGCAGAGAUCGUUUCACAGAUAUAAUGAGGGUACUUCACUUCCAAAACGAUGGAAAUAUACCCACGGGAAAUAUUGAUCGAUUUAUCAAGCUCGGCUCGUUCUUCCCAUCGUUGAUGUCGAAGUUCAAAAAUUUUGUGAUUCCGGGGGAAUAUCUCUGCAUAGAUGAGAGUUUGAUGCCGUUCAAGGGACGACUGAGUUUCAAACAGUACGUACCCUCCAAGAGGGCAAGAUUCGGCGUCAAGUUCUACAUCUUGGUGGAUUGUGCAACAAAGGCAGUCCUAGCUCUGCUUCCAUAUCAGGGCAAAAAAAACAAUAUUUGCUGCACCGAAGGAUAUCUUUGGAGUAGGUGGUGCUGUAGUGCUCACUUUGCUGCAGGAUGGAUAUCUUAAUAAAUCCCACCGUGUUGUGGCUGACAAUUGGUUUUCCACUCCCAAGCUAGUUGCAGAAUUGUUGAAAAAUGAUACAUAUUACCUUGGGACUGUUCAGAAAAGGCGAUGUGAAGAUGCAAAGAAACAGAUGCGAACGAAACUUAGGAAAGGAAAUGUUGAGAGCUGGACUAACGGUGAUAUUCUUAUUGAACGGUGGGAAGACAGACGAGAGGUUUGUAUGAUAAAUUCAUUCAUGGGACAUGCAAUGACUGAGAAGCUUUCAACUAAUCCAUUCAACACACGGAAUAAACCUAACACCGUUCUGCUCUACAAUUCGAAAAUGGGAGGAGUUGACGACGUGGACAAGGUGACGAAGCCGAACAAGUCCAUUAGGAAGACCAUUAAGUGGUACAAAAAAGUGUUCUUCCAUCUCUGGGACCAUGCGGUGUAUAAUAGUUUCAGAGCGUACAAAAUUAUUCACCCAAAUUCCAAGCGAAGAUACAAGCAAUUUGUGGAGUCACUCGUAAAAGAAAUUCUUCAACAGUUCCUAACUUAUCCGUCUCAUGUCGGACGACCCCUUUUACGCCUCUCCGAAGAGUUAAGACUUCAGGGUUCACACUUUUCGGAACAAACUCUAAAAGGUUCCAGGAAAAUGUGCGUAUUGUGCUGCUGAAUGUGUUCAGAAGACAACAUCGUAUCGUUGUGAAACAUGUGAAAAUUGGCUGUGUGUUACAGGAAAGCUUUCUUGCUUCAAAAAAUAUCACACUGAACGACAUCUUCCAAAGAAAAAUUCACAAGCACGGGCUGAUCCUCUAUUGCCCUCCCUUCCGCCAUACGAAUUAGAUACACCCGAUUUUCUAACGUUGCAUGAUGUUGAUUUGAAUUCGUCUCAAUUUCGCGUUAAUCAAAAUAAUUAGAUGUUUGCAAUAUUUGUUCAUUUGUUUGCUGAUUUGUGUUUGAAACAAAAUUGUUAGUCAA